GCGGGCGGUGCUAGGCGGUGCCCCGCCAUGGCGGCGGAGGGGGAGGACCCGCUGGGCUAUUUCGCGGCCUACGGCAGCUCCAGCUCCGACUCGGAGCCCGAGGAGCCCCAGCCCGACGAGCGCCCGGCGGCGGCCGGCGCGGCCUCGGGAGGCAGCCCGGGGCGGCCGCGGCUGCCGCCGCCCGACGAGCUCUUCCGUCGGGUGUCGCAGCCGCCCGCCUUCCUCUACAACCCUCUCAACAAGGAGAUCGACUGGGAGAGCCGCGUCCUGCGGGCGCCCGAGGAGCCUCCCAGGGAGUUCAAGGUGUGGAGGAGCAACGCCGUGCCCCCGCCGGAGACCUACAGCCCGCCCGAGAAGCCGCCGGCGGCGGCCCCUGCCCUCGACAUGGCCAUAAAGUGGUCCAACAUCUACGAGGACAAUGGCGACGACGCGCCCCGCCAGGCCGGCAAAGCCAAGUUCCUGCCGGACGAGGAGCAGGAGCCCCUGGAGUCGGAUGGUGAAAAAGAUGAUGAACCAGCUUCUGCUAAGAAACGUAAAGUAGAGUCUGGAGAGCAGGCAAAGAAGAAGAAGAAGAAGGUAUAAGCAAGGUGUUUUGGAUUUAAACAUUGUUACAGUGGGGAUACUGCAACACACAAAACAUAACGAGAAUUUCAAGGAACUUGGAUUCCUCUGCUGGAAUGGGAAACAGAUACGUGUUUACUGCAUUUCUCUCUCGUAUUGGGUAGGGAAUUUUAUUUCUGUUGUAUGCUUGCCUUUUGGAAAGCACAAAAUUAAAUGGACAGUGUUGUGGUAGAACUUGUUUACUGAACAAAAUUUAAACCUGUUUAUUUAAAACAAGGAUUUAGAAGAGAGAUCCAUUGCCAUGGAUACUUGUGCUCAUGCAGGUUACAGGGCUUCACAGUAUUUUGUUUAUCAAGAAGCCUGGUAACAUGAGUUUUUCUGGACUGACUUUUCCAUUGUGUCAAAACCUUUUAUAAAAGAGUAUAUACUAAAGAUUUUUUAGGUACUGGUCUGUGAUAUGUUCACAUAACGUUGUUUUUAAAUGUAUGUAUAGACUGCAAACAGUCACUGGAAUAAAACUACAUUUGAAAAC